UUAGUGCUUAUAGAAAACUACUGAAGAUGGGAGGUGCAGUGAGUGCAGGAGAAGAUAACGAUGAAUUAAUUGAUAACUUGAAGGAGGCACAAUACAUCCGGACAGAACUGGUAGAACAGGCGUUCCGAGCCAUUGAUCGAGCAGAUUACUACCUGGAAGAGUUCAAAGACAAUGCCUACAAGGACUUGGCGUGGAAGCAUGGAAAUAUUCAUCUCUCAGCACCGUGCAUUUACUCUGAGGUGAUGGAAGCUUUGGAUCUGCAACCAGGGCUGUCGUUUUUGAAUCUUGGCAGUGGCACUGGUUAUCUGAGUUCUAUGGUUGGACUCAUCUUGGGUCCUUUUGGCGUUAACCAUGGUGUGGAGCUUCAUUCCGAUGUGAUCGAAUAUGCGAAGCAGAAAUUGGACUUCUUCAUUAAAACAAGUGACAGCUUUGACAAAUUUGAAUUUUGUGAGCCAUCUUUUGUUACCGGCAAUUGUUUAGAGAUUUCUCCGGACUGUACUCAGUAUGACCGUGUUUACUGUGGUGCCGGAGUGCAGAAGGAACAUGAAGACUACAUGAAAAACCUGUUGAAAGUUGGAGGAAUUCUUGUCAUGCCUCUAGAAGAGAAGUUGACUAAGAUAACUCGUACUGGUCCUUCUGCCUGGGAGACCAAGAAGAUUCUUGCUGUUUCUUUUGCUCCUUUGAUUCAGCCUAACCACGCAGAUUCAGGAAAAUCAAGGCUUGUUCACUUGCCCCCAGUGGCUGUUCGCAGCCUCCAGGAUCUGGCUCGCAUAGCCAUCCGAGGAACCAUUAAAAAAAUUAUACAUCAAGAAACAAUGAGCAAAAAUGGAAAUGGGCUGAAGAACCCCCCAAGAUUUAAACGAAGACGAGUGCGUCGCCGUCGCAUGGAAACUAUUGUUUUCUUGGACAAAGAGGUCUUCGCUAGUCGUAUCUCCAACCCGUCAGAUGAUAACAACAACAGCGAGGAUAUCGAGGAUGAGAGACGAGAAGAGGAAGAAACUAAACCCUCUGAACUAAAGCCAGAUCCUCCAGUAAACUUUUUGAGAGAAAAGGUCUUGAGUCUGCCUUUGCCUGAUCCCUUGAAAUAUUACCUGCUUUAUUACAGGGAAAAGUAAUUUCCAUCUUCUAGAAAGUGGGAAGUAGGCAGAAAAUAAAGUACUACUUAGGGCUUGACAAAUGUAUACCACUUGCUUGCCUGCUAAUAUGACCACCCAAGGCAGUAGGCUAGCUGGGGAAUGUGGCUGCUGUAUACUUAAACAUGAUAGCUUUUUUAAGUUUUUUCUUCUCAGUUGUGUGCUAUAGUUUUAUCCUACAGCAGGGAUUCCUUAGGAAGCAAGUUGGU